AUGCAAGAUUGAUCACUAGUUGUCGUUGUGCCAAGUCAUACAAGUGCAAAUCUGCAAUAGAGUUGGUGGUAAAAUAGGGGUGUGGGCGGUAGCAAUUGUGGAAUUCUGGAAUACUGGUCUCUCCCAACUGCAAUCGAGUCGGUGGUAAAAUGAAGAAUGGAGAAGCCAGGCUUUUGCUGGGAUUCCCUCCCAAUUCUCGUCCCACCCCUUCUCAGGUGAAAGCAGCCUAUAAAAGUAAGGUUUGGGAUUCUCACCCCGAUCGUUUUCCAGCUGACAAAAGAAAUUAUGCUGAAUCACGAUUCAAAAUGAUUUCUGAAGCCUAUAGUUGCCUCUUGCCUGGGGCCAUUUUACAAUGGUAUUGUGCACAAACUUUUAAGAUGGGAGUAACUAAAAGCAGACAUAACCCAUCUAUUUGCUUCAGGUGGAGGAAUUUCAAGUUCAGCUACUUACACAUGGGUCAUGCGGACUGGGGUACCAAGGGUGCAUGGAGGUGGAAGACAUCAUCUUUUAGUUGGCCUUCCCUUCCUUUUUGUUAUGCUUGGAACAGUUGGACUUGGAAGUCUAAAUAUUACCAGGGCUUACAGAAAGGAAAGAGAAGCAAAUCCAUCACAUAAUCCUUUUCUCCCCUAAUCUGAAUAUUGGCAGUCAAAUUCUUAAAAUAACACUGUUGAGGAAAUCGGCCUAAUGAUAGAUGAGUUCUUUACUCAGGAACUGCUGCUUUUUCAACCAAAACUUUACGGCUGCCCAUGGUUGUCUGGAUGUUGGUUACAUUGAAAUCGGUCUUCAGACAGUGGCGUGUGGUAAAUAAUGCAAUACGAGAGUUGAAGUAUUAAAUUUUACAGAUUCUUGAUCCGGGGGAAGCUAUAACCAUGCAAAAAGCCCGUUCCUUAUGUUUCAAGUCAACUUUCAACCAUUGUUAAUUUCAUGAAAUAAAUAUGCAUGUGAUAUUUUAACCAAAAAGCACAUACUGUUCCAGCUUCUGUUCAAUGUCAAAAAUUAUGUAAUGUUGAACCUUAUGAUUGACAAUCCUCCUGGAUAACAAGGGAGAGAAAGAAAUUAAGAGUUACAUAUACAAUAUUUUGAUA